AUGGAUAUAUUAAAAAGUGUAGCACUUAAACAGAAAGUUCGAGAAUUUUUAUCAUUUUUCAGAAACAAUAAACCAAGAAAGAGAAACUUCAUUAUUAUACUAAAUUCAAUAUACAAUGUGUAUGACAGUAAUAAAAUGGACGAAUAUCUUUACAAUUUAAAGAAAUACGCCGCGAGAAAAAUCCACAGAAUUAGACGUAAAACAGAAAAUGUUUUACAAAAAGUAAUUUUUCGUGGAAUAAAUAAACAACCAAAGUCAGUAAAAAAGAAAAUUAAUGCUAAAUUCAGAUUAGCGUUGAUAGAAUACUUGGAGGAACAUAAAAGUUAAAACCGCGUUGAUUAAUUUUCAAGCAAACGUUAAAUUGCGAUGAUUGUGUGACGCUUAAACAUGUGACCAACGUAACAAUGAACAAUGGGAAACAGAUUUUCAUUAUUGCGUUUCUCGCGGUUAUACUCAAAAUUGUGUGUACAAAAGAAAAUGUUAUAAUCAUAAGUCGGAGAGACUUAGAUUCGUAUAGAUUCUUUUACGAUUUUUUAAGUGAUUACGUUAAUUUAUUAAGAACUUCAUUUCCAGAAAAGAAACUUGUUGAAUAUUGUAGAAUUGUAAGUUCAUGUUUAAGUGGUCUGGACUAUAAGUAUGCUAGAAAGUUCCAUAGGUAUGUUAAAAGAUUAUGCCGAAGUCCUGCGUACGAUAUAAAAGAAGAGGUAAUAUCCUAUAGGUACGUUUUAGAUCAAGAACUACCAAAUCGAAUCAGCUUCCUGUCGACAAUGGACGAGCUGUUCACAAUUGAUGACAGAAUUAUGUUUAAAGAUUAUGUAAAUGAUUUAAAAGAUUUCGGAUAUGGAGAUAAAUUAUACAUUUACAAGGAAACCCAUAGAAUAAUAUACGAAGUUAUAUUAGAUAAUAUUCUUAACCGUAGUGAAAAUCAUCAAAACAAAUUAGCUACAAAACUUAAAAGAGCUAUCA